AUGGAAGGAAAGAACCAGACAUGGAUGGAUUAUUUCGUCAUUAAAGGUAUCACUGACCUUCCAGAACUUCAAACCCCGAUCUUUCUCCUGGUCCUACUCAUCUACAUUACCAUUCUUGGUGGCAACGCAACCAUCUUACUCCUCAUUUGCUUGAACCCCCAUCUUCACACGCCUAUGUACCACUUCCUGAGUAACUUGUCAGCCCUGGAUAUUUGUUACACCACAGUCACCAUGCACAGCGUUUUGAUCAGCUAUGCCUCGGGGGACAAGAGGGUUUCGUUUUCGGGCUGCAUCGCCCAGAUGUAUUUUUACGUGUCUUUCCUGUGCUGCGAGUUUAUGCUGCUGACGGCCAUGAGCUACGACCGUUACGUGGCCAUAUGUAACCCGUUACGCUACGCGACUAUCAUGAACAGUAGGGCCUGCCUUCUUCUGAUGGGUGCAUGUUGGGUUUUGGGGUUCGCAGAAGUCGUACCGGCCAUUUUUAUCAUCUACAACAUCUACUGCUUUCGGUCUAACGAGGUCAACCACUUCUUCUGCGAUCUUCUCGCGGUGAUGAAGCUCUUUUGCAGCAGGGCUUCCGUCAUGGAGCACCUGAUCUACAUCGAAUCGGUAUUUAUAGGGUUUAUUCCCUUCUCUCUGACGAUCAUGUCCUACGGUUACAUUAUCCAAACCAUAACGAGAAUUAAUUCCAACCGCGGGAAGCGCAAAGCCUUCUACACGUGUUCCUCGCACCUCACCGUCGUCUCCCUUCUGUACGUAACGAUUUUUUGCAUGUACAUGAGACCCACCUCUUCGUUCACCCUGGACUCCGACAAACUGUUCUCUCUCUUGUACACCACCCUGACGCCCCUGCUAAACCCGCUCAUCUACAGCCUGAAAAACAAAGAUGUCAAAGCGGCGGUAACGCACCUGCUUAAACGCAAUAAAAUUAUAUCAAUGUGA